AAGGUCAAGGGGGGGAAAAAAAAGCUGUUAUUAUAGGAGCAAUUUAAGACUCAGGACAUAGCCUACUUUGACUUUGUCCAGGUUGCAUCAAGAUAUUAGCCUUAGCCUAAAUCACAACACAUGUGUAGUCAUCGAUUGGCUUCUCUGCUGAUAACUGCAAUGAAGAUCUAGCAGCUAUCAUGGCCAAUGCAUCAGUAACUGAACCACAAAAAAAUCAAAAGUAUGCUGUUAUUGAAAGAUCAGAUUCAGAAGCCAACCUCGUCGGUGACGUGUUGCCACUAUGGAGAAAAUUAUGUUUUGCAGUUGGUGGAGCUCCCUAUCAAGUCACUUCUACAGUUAUUGGGUUCUUCCUUAAUAUCUUCUUACUGGAAGUAGCGCUGAUGCAGCCUAGAUAUGUAUCCAUUAUUUUGUUUAGUGGGAAAGCUUGGGACGCUAUCACUGAUCCAAGCAUUGGUGUUUUGGUACAGAAGACUAACACACGAUGGGGGAAAAUGAGACCUUGGAUUUUAUUUUCUGCUCCACUGGCUUGCACUUGUUAUUUCCUUUUGUUUUAUAUUCCUUGGGAUAUUACUACAAAUGAUAAAGGAAGCAAUGUUGUUGAUGCAUCCGACUCAUCCAAACUUGGAUUUUACUUUGCUGCCUAUUGUUUGUUUCAAGGAUUUUUGACUUGUUUGCAUGUGCCUUACACAGCAAUGACAAUGUAUAUCACCACACAGCAGAAAGAAAGAGAUGCUAUUACAUUUAUUCGCAUGGCAUUUGAAGCUAGUGGAGUUUUAUUGGCUGUUGUGGUUCAAGGUUUAUUUGUUGGAGACACGAGGUGCAAGGGAGAUGAACAACAUACUAAUGGCACAAGUCUUGAAGUUCAGAAAGAGGCUUACUUCCAUAGUUCCAUGGUGGUUGUCUCCCUUUAUAUGCUGUGCUGUCUAACAGUGUUUUUUGGAACCAAGGAGAAAAAAGGUUUUAUUGAAGAAAACAAAGAACACACACUUGGGUUUUUCACUGGGAUGAAAACUGUGUUUACAUUUAAGCCAUAUCUAUGGGCCUCACUUACAUUUCUUUUCCUGACUAUUGCAAUACAGAUAGUUCAAGGGAACAUUGCUUUAUACUGUACUCAUGCUCUGAAGGAAGGGGAAGACUUUUCUAAAUUUGUUUUUGUUUUGUUGAUCAUUUCUAUAGUGUCAAUGCCCCUCUGGCAUUUUGUGAGUCAGAGAUUUGGCAAGAAAAAUGCUUAUGCCACAGGAAUGGUGUUAUUUAUUCCGCUUCUAUUUGCUCAACUGUACUUACCUUCUAAAUCAAAAAUAAUUUAUUACUUUGUCAAUGCCAUCGCAGGAUUGUGUAUUUCUGUCAGUUUUCUAUUGCCUUGGUCAGUAUUGCCAGAUGUCCUUGACCUGUACAUGCUUGAAAAGGGACUUCGUCAUGACGCACUUUUUUAUUCAUUCUAUGUUUUUUUUAAUAAACUGGCAUCAGGCGUGGCACUAGCUGUAUCUCAAUUGGCUCUUGAAUUUGGAGGUUACAUUUCUGGAGAGUGUCAACAGCCAGACUCAGUGGGUGACACAUUGCGUUAUCUAAUAGCCCCUGGUCCAGUGAUUCUCAUGUUGAUGGCCUUAUUUUGCCUGUACAUGUACCCCAUAGAUGAAAAGAAAAGGAUCUGGAUCAAAGAGCAAAUCACAAAUAAAACCAUUGAGGUGGAUAAUAAAAGUCUGAGAUCUGUGGAUGUAAGUCAAAGCUAUGAAAGUUUCAAGCCAGUGACAGAUACUUUUAUGUGAUGGUAGAGAUAACAUGUUUGCUUACAUUUCAUAGAAACAUAUUUAAGUUUGUUGUUUUGUUUGAAAUACAGAAGUAUUUUUAUACUCUUUACUGAGGCAGCUUUAUACUUAAGUAAUUCGGAUCAACACAUGUGUUAAUCUAUAACAUUCUUAGGUACCAGCAUGCACAAAUAUAGGGAAAAUCUGAAAAUUAAUGUAUUGUAUAAAGCUCUAUUAAAGCCUGCCAAAUGGCAGGCAAUUGUUAUUACCCAUGCUCUAAUGUUAAUCCUAUGUGCCUUAUAACAACAGUAUUACCUAAUCUACUAGUCGUGUUCAAAAACCUUUCCUUUGUAUUUUUCAUAAUGAUUGAGGAUCAUCAAAAUAUUUCAAUUUUUCUGUUCUCAAUUGUGGAUCCUUGAUGAAAUAAUGCACAGAAACUCAGGCAACACAGAAACACAAUUAACAAAGAAACAAAAUCACUUAAACACUCACUUAAACAUUAAGUAGCUAAACUCAGGACAAUAGACUUUCAGAAUGUAAAAGCCCCAUUAUUAUAGAAUUAAAUUUAAUGAAAUAAUAUUAUCUUAUCACUAAGCUUUCAUUUAUGAAACAGACUUCAACUUCUCUUCUUUUUGAUAAGAUCCAUGAGUCCAGACAAUCCCACCAGUCCAUAUAGUCAUCCAAAAAUUCACUUAGUUGUUUUAUUAGAAAGUACAAGCAAGUGUGACGUUAUCGUAAUAUUAAAAACUGUGCUUGCCUUCUUGCCCUGUGACAGUGUUAUUGGAAUAUUGAAUACAUAAAUGUAAAUGUUUUUUUUUUUAUUUUUCACUGAUUGAUUUAUUUUUGUUAUAAUGAUUGUUCAUUAAAUAUUCUCCCUUUGUUGCUGUUCUUAAAUUUUUUUCUCUUACGCUGUUGUUUUUAUUUUACUGCAAAAUGUGUAAAUUUUUUUUUUUUAAUUUUAUUUUGUCUGAAUAGUUUUAUCCUAUUCUCUUUUUUAUUUUUAUUUCUAAACAUUUAAAUAAUAUAUAGCAUUUAACAUGUCUACAUUUUGUACCCAAUUUUUUAUAAAAUAUUUUGUCAGCUGUGCAAUAAUCUAACAAGUCUCAUGAACUUGAAGAACUAGCAUUUUUUUUUUUAUAUUUGAUUUUUUUUACUUUGAAUUAAUUAAAGAUAUGUUUGAGAUUUACUUUUUUAAUUAUAUUUGUUAAAUUUCAAUUGUUUGAUCCACUUAAUUUUUAAUUUAAUAUUGAUAUUUGAAUAAUAAAUUAAUUAGAUGAUUUCAUUUUUCUUUUUUUUACUCUUUGAUUUGUUAUAAAAAUAAAAUUAUCUAAUGUUUUGUUUUUGUUGUUUUGUAUAUUUGAGAUUAACUGUUUAGAUCAUUUCUAUAUUUAUGAGAUUAACUGUUUAGAUCAUUUCUAUAUUUAUGAGAUAAACUGGCUCUCUACCUUUUUAGAUUGGUAACCCUAUAUAUUAUUCACGACCAUCUGGCAACCCCUAACUGUAAAAAUAAUAUUCUACUGUCAUCUAAAGUAACUGCGCUAUUAAUAAUGUUAUAAAAAUCAAGAUCAUAAUGUAGAUAUCUGAUAAGCAUUUCCCAAACUGAAAUUAUAUUUUGUUUAAAAUACAUUUCUGCUUAUAAUUAAAAAGUUGUAAAAAAAUGAAAUUUAAUAUUUUUGAUAUCAUUUAUUUAUUUUCUAUUUGCACUUUCCCCAUAUUCUGUUAUAUACUUAUGUGACUAUUUAAAAAGCAACUUAUAUAUUCCAAAAAUAGCCAAAUGUGAAAAUUUCAAGUUUAACAUUUUUAAAAAAUCCAAAAUUCUGUUGCAAAAUUGCCAUUUGACCCCAAAAUGGGUCACGAUUCACAGGUUGAGAACCCCUGGUUUAGAUAAUUUCUUUAUUAAUGAGAUAAAAAGUUUAGAUUUUUUCUUUAUUUAUGAGAUCAUCUGUUUAGAUAAUUUCUUUAUUUAUGAGAUAAACUCUUUCCCUCAUGCUUUUUUGUCUUUAAUUUUUAAAAUUAUUCUCUGUAUUUUUUAUUUUUUUUUAUGUAAAACUUGUUAAUAAAAAUUUUGUUUGGUUUGGCUA